AUGAAAUCCCAACCAAAAAUGCAAAGCUCAUUUGAAAGUGCCCCUAAAGUCUCGAGUGAUUCGGCGUCCAUGGAAGCCAGAGAGAAAGAAGCCCAAAUCGCAACCGUUGAACUGAAGUUAGGGUUGCCCUCAUGGACACCGGAAGAGAAGCACAGGCUUGAUAUGAUCUACAGAAAAUUGGAUCUCAGGAUCAUCCCUGCCCUUUGGUGUAUGUACUUUCUUACGUCGUUUGGCUCCAACGUCUACGGAGUCACGCUCACAAUGAACAGGGAGGACGGUCACUCUUUGGGCCAGAAAUUGAAGUUGACUGCUCAUGACACUUCAACAGCUUCUGCAUUGUACUACUUGGGCUACAUUAUCUUUGAUGUGCCCAUGAACUUAGUUAUGACCAAGGUAUCUCCACAAUCUUGGCUCGCAAGAAUUGUCAUCACCGUUGGUUUGGUGUACACAUGCUACCAGGCUUUAGAUAACGCCAAAGGACUUAAAGCUGUGAGAUUCAUUUCGGGUAUGGUUGGUGCUGGGACUUGGCCCGGUUUGUCCUACUACGUCUCGUUGUGGUAUCCGAACGACAGACAGACCCGCCGUAUCGGAUACUACUACACUGCUGCACAACUUUCAGCGGCUGCUGCUGGUCUCGUAAGUGCUGGUUUUCAGAAAAUGGACGGCGACAGGGGUUACACUGGCUGGCAAUGGAUGUAUUUGGUCUAUGGUUGUGUGACCAUGGCUGUUGGUAUCUCCUUGCUCUGGUGGCUUCCUGACAGACCUAACUACAAAUACAAUGAGAAGUCUUCCAAGAUCAGCCAGUUUUACCACAGAUUCUUCACAACGAAGCAUCCACUCAAUGAAGAAGACAGACUCAUGCACCUCAAAGAUAUUGAGCAUCGUUACAAAUUGAUCAAAUGGACAUUGAAGGAUGUUGUGCAGGUGAUGACUGACCUUAGAGUAUGGUUCAUCAUUUUGAUGUAUUUCGGCGCCGUGGGUACUGGUUUCGGUUUGGCUGUGUUUGGUUCUACCAUUAUUGCUGCCCUCAACCCUAGUCUUUCUUCCAUCAAUGUCUCCCUCUUGUACGCUCCAAUUUGGCUCUUCGAUCUUGGAGGAAUCUUGUUGAUCACACCUUUUGCUGAUAGGUACAAGAAGCAUCGUGCAUUUUUCUUUUGUGGUGCUUGUGUCGUAAUCAUGGUUGGAUUAUUUGUAACUACGUUUGCCAAAGGAUUUUGGAACAGAUGGGCAGGGCUUUUGAUCUCUGGGUUUGGCCUUGGUCCUACCAUUCCCAUCUGCAUGUCGUGGUCAGCAGAAUUGUUUGGCCCUCGCUACGGUGACGUUGGUAAUGCCGUCAGCGCUGCUAUUGUUUCUGGAUUGGGAAACUUAGGUUCUGUUACUGCCACCUACGCCUUGUAUUCGGGUUGGCCAUCCGACAAGGCUCGCCUCUACAGAAACUCGAACAUGACUUUGGUGGGUAUGUUGGGCAUAAGUGUGGUGUCAGCCCUCACUUGUCAUGUAUUGAAGGACAAAAUCAGGCAAAAAUAA